GGUGAAGCAGAGCAUCAAAUACAGUCUGCUGUUAGUAUACAGUGUGGACAUAUUUUGCAGAGUGUUUUAAGCUAAGCACAGUUAAGAUAAAAAGUGCAGUGGAAAUGCAGAGCACUAAUGAGUUGCAAAUCAAAUCAGUUUUGCAGAGUAAGGUAAAAAUACAUAACACUGCAGAACUGCAGAGCAGAGCGGAUGUGCAAAAAACAGUGAGGAUUCCAAGCAUACUAGAGUUACAGAGUGUUGCGGAUGUGCACAAAGGUGCAAGGAUGCAAAGCACAAGAGGACACCAAAGUGGACCGGAUAUGCAAAACAUGCCAGAAGAUUCAAGAGAAGAUGCACUAUCCACAAACUUUUAUCUUCCUGGGCUCCGCCUCUUGCCCCCUGCCAAUUGUCCCUACCGUCAGGAAUAUCCCAUUGGAGGGGCAGGGGCACAGCAUUAUUCACAAAAUGAGAGCAAUAUUUCCUAUACAGUGCCUAUACAGUCUAACCUACCACAGACAUCCCCAAACCCCACUCCAGAGUGCCAGAGCUCUGGGAAGGUGGAAGUCACCCUUACCAACUACUUCCUGUGGGAAAAAUUUCAUAAGCAUCAGACAGAGAUGAUCAUAACCAAGCAGGGAAGGCGCAUGUUCCCGUAUCUCAGUUUUCGUUUGUCCGGCCUGGAACCCAUGGCACAGUACACAUUGCAUGUGGACGCAGUCUUGGCAGAUCAGAAUCACUGGAGGUAUCAGGGUGGAAAAUGGAUCCAGUGUGGAAAAGCUGAGGGCAACAUGCCAGGCAACCGAAGUUAUCAGCACCCUGAUUCCCCCAAUACUGGAGCCCACUGGAUGAGACAAGAGGUGACAUUCAGCAAACUCAAACUCACCAACAACAAGGGGUCAUCCAACAACACAUCUCAGAUGCUGGUGUUACAAUCGCUCCACAAGUACCAGCCACGACUCCAUUUAACACAGAUAAAGGACACAGGGUCUCCUGAGGUCCACAACUUCAGCUUUCCAGAGACACAGUUUAUUGCAGUGACUGCCUAUCAGAAUGCAGAUAUCACACAGCUGAAAAUUGAUCACAAUCCAUUUGCUAAAGGAUUCCGCGAUCACUGUGAUAUGCAAGUAUCUAUGGGAUUAACAGGGCUGUGUGCUAUGCCCACUGAGCGAAUGACCCCUUCUCCACCAGUUCGCUAUCAAACUUUGCUGCAGGAGACACUGCCCCCUACCCGAUUAUACUCUACAGAGCAGAAAGAGCCACCACCAUGGUAUUUACCCCCACAGAGCUUUACCCCACAUCUUGAGUAUACAUCCUAUGAUCCCACAGGAAAGAUGGCAGCUGCAUAUACAGUAAAACGUUAUCCCCAAUCAACACCCUUGGGCUUUUUUCCAGAACACACCCUAGGCUCAACUUGGCCAGGAACUGCACAAUACCACCCCAAACCUAGCUCUACACCCCUGAGCUGGCUACACCCCUUACUAGAAAUCAGAAGUAAGGAUGAAGACUCAUGGGGAGAACUAACACCAUAUGGAGGAUGUGAAGACAAUAAGCGGAGGCGAUUGUCACCAUAUAGCUCAGAUGUGUCUCCGCAAAUGUGUGACAGGGAUACAGAUUUGGCUUACUGUGGGUACUACAGCCAAUGAAUUACUUAAAACAGCAUUAUUCUGUUGUCACUGACGUUAUUCAAGGGUAAGAAAUCUGCUAAUGGAACUGUGAGAUGUAAAAAAAGCAAUUUUUGCCCAAAAGCCAGUUAUUAUGUUGUACGGGUAAUGUUCCAAAACCCUCUCAGAACACAAAUCAAUAAACAUUUUAUACACA